AUGGAUAUAAAAGCCGAGUUGUUUUUCUUGGUAGUGAAGCUGUUAGAAGAUGAGGGGUGUGAUAUUGCGGCUGAGUCUUUGAAAAGAUUCAUUGACGAUAAUAAACUGUUGCCUUCUCGUAUCAACACUGUCGGUGUCCCAUUUGACAACACAUUUGAUAACUAUAAUAGCCUUCACAAUCUAAGCAAGCCGUCUGUUUUAGUUGAAUAUUACCAGCUGCUGGUAAAGUUAGUGCAUGAUAGUAACAGAUGUGCUUCCCACCUAAAAACCCUAAUCGGAAUUCAAAAUAAAUUUGAAAAAUCUUUCAGCAUAAGGCGCACAGAUCUUCAUAUAGUCUCGAAAGAUCACAAAAAAUUACGGAGGCCUUUAAUAAACCACUUGCAUCAGCAUUCAAAGUUGCAGUUCCACAUUCUUGCUCACCGUACGGCAAUUUAUUGUUUAGAGUUUGAUAAGCGUGGGAAUUACGCUUUCACAGGAUCCGACGAUUACACCAUUAAAAUCUGGUCUGUAAAAGGAUCAAGUACACCGUCAUGUACCCUACGCCACACUCUUCGAGGUCAUGUUGCUGAAAUAAUUGAACUAACUGUAUCUAUCGAUAACCAUUUACUCGCAUCAAUAGAUUCCAACUGCUGUCUAGUAAUAUGGUGCCUGAAAACUGGACAACCAGUAGUAGCUGUUCGUGGAUCACGUAAUAAUCGGGUACUGUCUGGUCUCGCUUUCCUCAAUGUACCUAAAACAUUGGAGCCAAUGAACAAAGGUUCAUCGAAUUCGAAUGAUGUUAAUCAUCCUUCUGGUAUGCUCAUAGUAUCAUCCUUUGGUGGUUAUCUUCACAUCAUACCUUAUAUUCACACCGUUUAUCAUGCUCAUCGUGACGAUGAGUUCGGUAAUGUAGCUAAUCAUUCUGAAAAUAGAUGGAUUUGUUGUGCUGUCCAACUACUUCCUACGAUUCGUUUUACAACAGCUCCUGAAGGUACACCAAAUAUAUAUUGGCCAUCCAUUGCAUGUAUUGAUGUCAGUCCUGGUGGACUCUUAGUUGCAGCCGGUUGUUCAGAUCAACGUAUUCGUUUGUAUCAGUUCAUGAAUCCACUCAAACCCGAACCAGCUGGUGUACUGGCUGCUCAUGAGGAAAGUGUCAAUAGCGUAGCAUUCAGUCAUUCUGGUUUAAAAUUGGCCACCGGCAGUUCAGAUGGUGGAAGUUGUUGGCUUUGGAAAUUUCAAGCAGGUCAAUGGAGAAGUAUGACGUUACUAUUUCGUAAAAGGGUGAAAUGUCGACCUUGUCUUUUAAUUUGGUCAAUACAUGAUCAAUACUUAAUUGCUUCAAUGAAGAAUGGAUCAGUUUAUAUAUAUUUUGGUCAUAGUGGGCAAUUGGUCACCAUUAUUGAAGGACAUGAAGGUGCAAUUCACGCUGUAUCACCAUCACCAUUUGAUGAGAAUAUUUUAGCUACAGGUGGAGUUGAUGGUCGUUUUCAACUGUGGAAUAUUUCAAAUCUUCGGCGUUUUCAACAAAACCCACAACAUGAUGAAGAUAAUCACCAAUCAAUAGAUAAACCUUUAUUAUUCCAUUAUCGAUUUCCUCCUGGUGAUUUAGAUAUCAUACAAGGAUUAGUAUGGCGUUUUGACAAUCCACCAGAUGAUCAACCUAUAUGGUCUGGUGCAAAUACAACUGCAGUUAAUCGUAGAACUACUCGUGAUAACCUACAAUUAUCUGCAUUAGAUCAGUCAAAUCACACAAUUGAUUUGCUAACUGACAAUACUACUAAUAGCACUGUUAGUAGUAGUAACAAUUAUGCUAAUAGUGCAUCUUCUCAUCGUGCAUUGACAGGAUCUCGUUCUCAGUUGAAUAAUACUGCUACUAGAACAAGUUCAUUGUCUAGUACAAAAAUGCAAAGGAUAACCGCUUGUCGUGCAAUACCUACCAUUGAAGGUGUUGGAUUUCUUGUGGUUACUAAAAGUGGUGUUAUGUCUUUAUUCUCUCCGGCAGACGAGUCUACAACAACUGAUUCAUCAUGUAAAUAUAAUAUACAGCCAUCACCAGUUGAUGAACAGUUUCUUCAUUGGGAAUUGGAUACAGCGGAAUGGAGAGAAGUUGUACCCGAUCCUAGUAGUAGUAAUACUACUAAUAACGAUAGUAAUUUUAAUUCUAACGUACUUCGUAUCUAUGAAAAUACUCUACAGGCGUUAGGAAGUCCACCAGCUCAACAGUCAGCUAAUUCACCAUCAAACGGUCGAGUUAAUUUAUCACGAGAAAAUUCACAAAAUAAUCAUCAUAGGGAAUUAAUUAAUAAUCAUAACAAUGAAAAUGAUAAUAAUAAUUCUGGUCGAAUCAUUCGUUAUAGACCUCCUCCAGCUGUACUAUAUGAAAUUAUACAUGCACCUAGCGGUGUACCAUUUCAUCGAUUACCACCGGGUUAUUUGACUAAUUUAAGAGGAUUCCCAUAUCCAUCAAAACGUCAGUUACAAAUACCAGGUCGUAGUCAUUUAAUACAACCAUCAGAUUUAUUACCAUCAGUCGCAUUAGAUGAAGAAACUGGUGAAGAUAUUGUUGUGGAUGAUAUUCAAUUUUGUUCAAAUGUUCCAAUUGAUUAUUGUCCAACACCUGAAUUAUCUAGUACUCAACCGAUUUAUGGUAAAAAUUAUCUAUGGUGUUCACCAUGGUUAACUAAUAAAACACCAUUGAUAGAACCUUUGGAUUCAAAUGAAUUGAAUUUAAAGUUCGUUGAACAGCAACAACGUUAUGAAGAUGAAAGAAACUUCUUUUCUGCCGGUGGUGAACCUGUUGUGUCUUUUGGAGACGAGUUUAAUAGUUCAAAACAUUCAACUGAACAAAUUAUUAUUAUGCAACCAGAACGUAAUUGUUUCCGCCAAUCACAAAUAUCUUGUCAAAAAUCCUCUUCUCUUUCAUCAUCAUCAUCAUCAGUACAUUACAAUAAUGAAAGUAAUCAUAUAACCACUAAUCUGUCAUCAACUAUUAUUAUCAAAGAAAAUAAAGAAACAGAUGCAUCACUGGUGAAAAAUCAUUGUUCAAAUCAAUUAAAUAAUAUUUCCGAUGAUAUAUUGAAUGAAUCGAACAGUUCCAGUAUUGCUGGUCCAUCAUUUCUCCAUACAUAUUUAAGGAAGACAAGAAAUGAAGUAAAUUCGACUAAGACUCUACGUGUAUCAACUAGAUCUGAAACAGUACCUCAAAAUAAAUCAAAUCAAAUUUCAAACUCGAUUUUAUCUCCGAUGGAUGAACAAGAUGAUGCUGAUGAUCAAGAUGAUUCAUCUGAAGAAUCUGAAUGGUCAGCUCAUAUCGAUGUUGAUAUUGGCUGGUGGAGUCGGCAACGUCGUCGAAGAACUAGACGUCAAGUUAACACAAAUGAUGUAUUAGCUUCCAAUGAUACUGAACAAUUGAGUUCAAACAUUUUGAAUCUUACAGAGAUGGAUCUUGAUAAUGAUGAAACAAAUGAAGAUCUAACUUCUUUUUAUGAUGUUGGAGAAGCAUCUCUUUCUUCUGGUCAUACAGACACAAAUCAAAAUGGACCAACUACUGAAGGAAGUAUCCGACGAUCUUUACGUCAACAACGUCGUCUUUUAGUAAAAAGAAGACUAAUGCGAGAAGCUAAAAAAGCAGAAGCAAGAGCUGCUCGUGCAGAAAUCGAAAAGAAAUGCUCUGUUGCUCGUAGAUCCAGACGUUUUCUCAAUCUAACAAGUGAUGAUUACAGUAGAAUAGAUGAAGAUUCCACUAGCCGGGAUACAUGUAUACCAGAAUCUUCUAGUCAUAGUCAAUCCACAGAAGCAAUUACACCUAUUCCCAUUGAUACAUCUUCUAAAAGAGAACGUCUUAAACGACGUUUAAUUCGUAGUCUUGAUUAUGCUGUGAUGUUAAUCACUAAUGGUAUUCGGACUUGCAGUAGAUUACCGUUAACUCGAAUACCGUUAGAUUGUUAUCUAUCUCCUGAAUGUGAAGGUCAUGAAGAAGAAUUAAAUAAAAAUCACUUCAUUCUUCCAAAUACUGAUGUUAAUCAUUGGGAUGGUCCUUAUUUCGAUUGGUUAUCUACUGUUCGACCAUCAGCUUCCCCUUAUCUACCUCAAACUGGAGAUCGCGUCGUCUAUUUAUAUCGUGGUCAUCAAGAUUAUUUAUCAAAAGCUUGGGAAUGCGGCAAUCUACCAUUAAUGGGUAAUUUAGAUCAACAAAAAACAAAUUCUCCCCCUUCCUUACCUUGGACUACUUGGCCUGAUUUACCACAAUUUCUGUGUUGUUCAGUGCAAAAAAUCACUUAUCAUAUUGUACGUAUAGCUGGUAAUUAUUAUCAUCCAUCAAAUGUUUCACGUUCAUCAUCAUCAUCCAUUUCAUCAGCUGUACAUUUAAAGAAAAGGAGUAGAAAAUAUUUAAAUACUAAACUUUUACGACAAUCAAAACAAUUAAUUAAUUUGAAAGAUCUAAAAUUAUCUUAUCAUAAAGAAUAUAAGUCAACUAAUCUAGCUUCUACUUCUUCCUCUUCUAAUACUACUAAUACUACCACAACGUCUUCAUCAUCAUACAAUAAUGAUUACCCCAUUGCAUCGACUAGUCUCAGUUGUGGUAAUGCUUAUUCUUCAUCAUUAUCAUCAGAUGAUGGAGAUAGUUUUGUUCGACUUAUCACUUUACAGUUACAAAUUGAAGAGAAUCAACCUUAUAGAAAAUUAUCAUGUGGAAAAAUCAAUACUGAACAUUCUAAACAUUGUCAUGAUGAGAAACAACAAUAUCCCUCGAAUAUUAUUCAUGUUACUUAUCAUGAUGUAGAUGGAAUCUUAGAAUUUAUUAUACUUCGACGAAUAUUUGAUGCAUCAUUAAAACAGAAAUGGAAACCAGGUGAUAUGUUUAUAUGCCCUGUUGGUGGUGAUUCGUGGUGGCGUGGUCUCGUAAUUCGAAAUCUUUCAGACGAUGAUUUAUCAACAUUACAACCUAGUACUUCCCUAGUAGAAAUUAAUAAUGCAAUGCAUUUUUUAAACACUACAUAUUUAGUUCGUUGGUUGGAUGAGAAUGAACCAUGCUAUGAUGGUAUUACUAGUAGUGGUAAUGGCAAUAACACAAUCAAUGAUAACUAUUCACAUAAUUUAUUAGCUUUAUCAGAAACUAACCACACUGGAUCCCUAAAUAAAUUACCAGAUAAUAUUGAUCAUGUUAAUUCAUGGGAUAUGUAUAAAUGGUAUGCAGAAUCUGCUGAUAUUGAUAACCGGUCAACUAAUGCAACAGACUCAGAAUUUACAUUAUAUGGUGGUUUAGUUGAUGGUUAUGUACAUAUUUCUCAUGAACAAAUAUGUUUAUUAUAUGGUACUUCAAAAUUUUGGGAUACAACUAAUCAUUCAACUGCCUAUCUUGCAGAAAUUAAACGUCUCGUUGAGUGUAUAACUCAGAUUAUGCAAUUAGAUAUAAGUGAACAAUUUAUUAAUCCAGUUGAUUUAGCUGCUUACCCGGAUUAUUUAUUUAUUAAUGUUUAUCCAGUUGAUUUAAAUUUUAUAUUAAAUCGUUUAUUAAAUGGUUUCUAUCGUCAAUCUAUAUCAAUUCAAUCAGAUUUUUUACAAUUACUUGAAAAUACUAAACGUUAUAAUUUACCAGGAUCAUCAAUUGUUAAAAAUGCUCAAUACGUUUAUGAAUUAGGCUUGUAUUGUAUAGAAAAUAAAGUGACAUGUGAUGAAGUUUUACGCCGAUAUAAGCUUCUCACUUCUACCAAUAUACCUUCUGCAAAUUUGGAGAACAGUGGUCAAAUCACCGCAACAACUUCAUCGAAUUCAUUUAAUGAUAAUCUAACUGUUGAAAAACGUACCCGAACCAAGAUAUGUCAUAUUGAUAGAAAGGAAAAAAUUGUAAAUAAAUGUUAUUCUUCUAAGCAAAGGAGAGAGAUUCACCGACGAAGGUCAUUAAGAUUGAACCAAUCACUGUCCAAACGUUCAUAUGGUGUGUAUUUUAAUGAUGAUGAUGUGAGUAAUAAUUCAAACGAAUUAAAUAAACAUCAAAGACAUUUUCAAAUGGGAAGAAGAAUAUCUACAAGAAAGAAAAUUUUGACAAAUAAUAGUUCAGUUACUUGUGGUUCUUCAUGGAUUUCUGAUGCUUUGAAUCUUAUCCAAGAACUGUUGAAUCAUCGUAGAAGUUUUUAUUUUCGUGUACCAAUUGAUCCUUUAGAAUAUCCAGAUUAUCAUAGUAUCAUUGAACGUCCAAUGGAUUUAUCUACUAUUCAAAAGAAACUCAUAAAUACUCAAUCAAGUUUGCAUUCACCAUUAUCACCACCACCAACAACAACAAAAUAUCAUAUUCGUAGUCGUAUCCAACAAGAAUAUAAUCCUAGCGAUUUGUUAUUCGAUUUAAAUUUGAUAGUAACUAAUGCAAAAUUGUAUAAUACUGAUCCUGAUACUCAAGUGUUUGAUGAUACUUUAUGGUUAGAAAAUUGGGUUAAUGAUGUAAUGACACCUAAUUUGUUACGAUUUAUUGAAUGCUUUGAUAAUUAUGAUACAUCUUCUUGUACAAAAAUGAAAUUGGAGGCAAUUUCUCAUCAAGACAUGAAACAUGACAGUCAUUCUAGACGGCGUUCAUGUUCAACACGAUCUGGUAAUACUUCUAAUGAUGAAAAGAGCUACAUGAUAAAUGAUGGAACAUCAUGGCUAUCAUCACCAGCUUGUAUUAACACUGCAACAUCUUCGAUGACAUCUUUCACAACAGUACGUACUUCUAGUGGUCGAGUUGUUAGACCUCCACCUCGUGGUUCACAGGAUCUAUGCCCAACUUUUUCCGAAGAUUAUGAUCAAAAAUAUAAUUGUUCAUUUGAGCAAAAACAAACUCAUCAAAGAAGAAGAAAACUGACUUCAUAUUCUUCAGGGAAUAAUACACAUUCUGUAAAUAAAUUAUAUUCCAGACAUACAAACAAAAGACGUCGUCGUAUUACAAAUCAGUCGAAAUCAAUAAGAAUGUCAAAUUCUUCAGAUCUAUCGAAUGCAUCUCUUCGUCGUAGUGCACGUAAAAGAAAAAUUGUUUCUAGUUUUAGUCAUUUCUAUGGAUCAGAAGGAAAUGAUGAAUUUGACUGA